AAACCUAAGCCUAGCUCCUGCAUAGAUUCCACGCCUGUGUCCACGUCUGUGUCCGUACCAGGGGGGGCAUUUCCCGUUCCCAGCAUUGGCACAACGCCCCUCGUUUCAGUCUGCGCACCUGCGGGGAAAGUACAGCACCCUCCCUCGCCUCAGCGCAUUUUAUGGUGUUGCCGACCAUUGUCACUGUCAUUGUCAGCGUCAUUUCGCGACUGUUCCAAGAAUCGGCUGUCAGGCGCUCGGUUAGGUUACGCUCUAAGAUUUUCGCAGCUACCGAACUUAAUUCCGUAACACCCCGCUACCAGCUGCUAAUUAUCAAGGCUAGGUUGUUAGCCUAGCCUAGGGUAAUAACUUGUGUGGGCUUCUGCGCGUUAUUAAUCGAAAUGGAGAGUGGAGGUCCACCAGCUAGCACGUCUCUAAGCAGCGGCCCAGUAGUUCCGAUUACCCCGUUACUAUCAGUUCCGCUACAGUUUCUCAUCACCAGAGUCAAGAGGGCUCGCGAGCAGCAGGCACUGACGGACGUGGAGCUCUGCGCGAGAUCCAUCGAUUCUCUCACUGGCCUCUAUCGCUCCCUCGCACUCACCUCUCAGGCAUGCUCACCUCGGUCUGUUCAAUGUUCAUCUGUUCAUCCCCGCUAUAGACAUUUCCCAACCACAUGGACAACUGUAACCACAUUUCCAUCUGUAACCACUCUGCAGGCACGGCUCAUUCUCACUGGCCUGGCCUCGUUCGCUCCCUCGCACUCACAUGUCAGGUCUCAUUGCCUUACACUCCCUGCCGUGCCAUGUCAUAAUCAUGUAGUUUUGGGGCAUUGUCGCAUGAAUUGCAUUAACUGGAAAGUUAUUUGCAAUUCAUGGGACAGCGCUUAAGGUUAGAGGUGGAGCGGUGUAGCACAGAAGUACUGUAGGGCCUUAUGUGACUUUCGGUGAGUGUACAGUGAUGGGUGGAGUGAGACCCUGGGAGGGCGGUUGCGAUAGCUGGCAGUGUCCGAGGCUGAUGUAAUACAGGACACCGGGGGCUGGAGCGGCUCGCUGGAUGGACAUGCGGCAAGUGGAUUGGUCGAUCCGAUGGCAGGAAGGUUGGGGCCAUCAUGGUGGCGAAAACCUCGAAAAUGGCGCGCGGCUGGUCGUACGGGAGGGAAGGGGAGGGCUCAGUAGUGCGUUUGCUCGGAGUAGCCUAAAACCGCUGGAAAGCUGUUUCUUGCUUACUCUGUUCGUUCUCUUGCAAUCGUGGGAAGGCCUGUAUGCUCGUUGUCACUGGAUGUAAUACUGAGCCAAAGCCAGAUCCAUGAAAAGACACCAAACAAGAGGGGUGUUUUUGAGAAUUCUCAAAAACACCCUGCAAAACCAAACAAGAGGGGUUUGAGAGCUAGAGGACACGAGAUCUAGUCUCGGGGAUUUCUCAGGAGAGUCGGACAGCGAAUCGCAUUACCUACAAGCGCCGCCAGAGCAAGAAGGAACCAGGCUAGGAUGGAUGGAGCAGGGCAUCCGGAGGAUGAGGAGGCUUGUGUGCGACAGCGUGUGGAAACUAUACUAAUAACACAGGCAAGGCUCAUGCUAACUGGCCUCGAUCCCUCCCUCGCACUCACACAUCAGGUCUCAUCGUCUUACUCUCCCUGCCUUUUGAGGCGCCUCAAAAAACUCUCCCUGCUGUCCUCCUCUCCUCCUGCAUUCCAGGAAUUAGAGAGGGGGGAUGUAACGUGGAGGGCCAGGGAUGCAGCGGUUGCAACUCUUGGCAAUACCCCCCCCCCCACACACACACACAUGUCACAUGCCACAUACCACGUGCCACAUACCACGUGGCGCAACCCCAUUUCCCUUCCCCCACAUCCGACUUGCAUUCGCUGCCAUGCGUUUUGCCACGUUUGCUGAACUGCAGCACUUGAAGAGAGCAUGGGAUGCCACGUGGAGGGCCAGAGAUGCACAGGUGGCAACUCUCCUUCCUCUCAUUGGUUGGUCUUCAACGUGAUCCUACUCCUGCGUCCUCAUGGCCAGCACAUGUCAGUUUGCAGUGCAGCUCGCCAUAAGCUUCUGGAGCAUCUCGAUAUGCAGCUGCAGCAGUGCAUGAGUCUUGCUCGAGUGCUGAGUGCAGCAGCAGAAGAGAACAUGUGCGUUGCUCAGGAGCUAUUAGCCGAGGCAGGAGCAGAGGCAGAAGGUGCUAUGGCAGAGGGUUCUGGUGAAGGAACAGCAGGACGUGCAGAGGCUACAGGCGCAAAAGACGGUGCAGCAGCACCAGCAGCAGCAGCAACACCAGCAGCAGCAGCAGCAGCAGCAGCAGCAGCAGCAGACCCGGUGGUUCUACGGCUGGCACGAGAGCGGGAGCUGAUAGCUCGUAUAGAGAGUGAAGUGGCGGCACGCAUACAAGCUGUUGUGGCCGGCCAAGAUACCACUCAUGUAAGGCCUUUAUCAGAGUUUAUCGAUGAUCUCGUAGUGAGGCCCAGUAACCCCCGGCCUACCGAAUCGAGACCUGCUGAGGCAGAAACCAACAGAAGGGGGCACUCUGAAGUAAGACAAGCUGAAGCAAGAUCCUUCGAGCCUGCAGAGAUAGAUCCUCCUGAAGCAAGACCUCUUGGGCCUACUGAGUCAAGACCUGCUGAGGCAGAACCUAACGGAAGUGGCCCAUCGGAAGUAAGACAAGCUGAAGCAAGACCCGUAGAGCCUGCUGCGGCGACUGCUGCUGCUGCUGCUGCUCCUGCUGCUCCUGCUGCUCCUGCUGCUGGGUUUGAAAGGGUAGCCACAGUAACUGCUGCUGUGGUGAGGGAUGGGGGUGCGGCAACAGCAUUCCACCUGGCUGGCGUUGAUCAACGUGCAACAGAGAGUGGAGCACUUUGUACAGCUGCAACUGGAGCAAACUUUGCAGCACCGCCACUACAGGCACCCCCCGUAGGAGCUCCACUGUAUUCGGAUCGCUUAGCACCAUUCCACCUGGCUGGCGUUGAUCAGAGUGCAACAGAGAUUGCAGCAAAAACUGCAGCAGCAGGUGCAGCAAACACUGCAGCAGCAACCGCAGCAGCAACCGAAGAAGCAGCCGCAGCAGAGCUUGCAGGUAGGAAGCGAAAGAGGCAGCCAGGUGAUCGCUUGGACAGAGGAGACGCCCCGAGGAGAGGCUCUUUGAAUCAGAGCGUUUCGGUGGAACAUCUGGGCUCAGGGGAGAAUAUUCUAGAGGAGUGGAGAGGGUUGGCAGUAAGAGGCUUUCUAAGGCCGAAUGAGUUGCCAGGGAGGGGGGAAAGUGGAGUGAAGGAUAGGGACCGGCGACAAGAGAGGGGCUUACAGGAUGGGGCAGAGGAGAGCGAGGGAGUGGAGGAUAGGGGAGAGGGGCGAGAGGCGAGGGGCUUGCAGUUUCCUCCUCGUCAGAGGCUUGGCCUGUCUCUCCCCCAUGGGACUGCUUCUCUUGGUGUGCGCCUGUCUCUGCUCUCUGUCCCUGUCCUGGCUUCCGAUCUUACUUCGUCUAAUCAGUUUUUUCCUGACCGUGCUACACCUUAUCAUGCUAUGCCGGAUCAAGUUACACCUGACCGUGUUACACCCGAUCGAGUUAUGCCUGACCGUGUUACACCCGAUCGAGUUAUGCCUGACCGUGUUACACCCGAUCGAGUUAUGCCUGACCGUGUUACACCUAACCGUGUUACGCCUAAUUGUGUUACACCUAACCGUGUUACGCCUAAUCGUGUUACACCUGAUGGGAGGGUGGCUGAGGCAAGGCAGGGUUGGGAGCAGCAGGAGGAGCAGCAGCAAGAGGAGCAACAGCAGGAGGAGCAGCAGCAACAGAAAAAGCGACAGGAGCAGCAGGAGCAGCAGGAGCAGCAGGAGCAGCAGGAGCAGCAGGAGGAGGAGCAGCAGGAGGAGCAGCAGGAGGAGCAGCAGGAGGAGCAGCAGGAGGAGCAGCAGGAGGAGCAGCAGGAGGAGCAGCUGGAGGAGCAGCAGGAGGAGCAGCAGGAGGAGCAGCAGGAGGAGCAGGAACAAGAGGAGCAACAGCAGGAAGAGCACCAACAGGAGCAGCAGCAGCAGGAGGAGGAGCAGGAGGAGGAGGAGCGGCAGCAGGAGAAGAUGCAGCAGCAGGAGGAGCAGGAGGAGGAGGAGCAGCCGAAGCAGCAGGAGGAGGAGCAGCAACAGCAGAUGCAGCAGCAGGUGGAGAUGCAGAGGCAGCAGGAGCUUCAAGAGCGGCAGCAGCAGCAGGAGGGGGAGGUGGCCGAGAGACAAGAGCAGCGGCCACAGGAGGAGAAGGAAGAGGAGGAAGAGGGACGGCAGCAGCUGGAGGAAACUGGAAGCUGUGUGGAUAAGGAAACGAGAGGGGAGAGCGACAUGGAUAGAGAGCACGGAGGGGAGAAGCGAGAGCCAGAGGAGAGGAAGAGGAGACGUGUGGAGGUUUUUGGGUCCGGUGGAGAUGGGGAGGGUGAUGGUGGUGGGCAUGGGACGCCAGCAAAGCAGCUAAGGCUUGGCGAGAGUGUCGAGGGUAAUGUGGCAGGGAUUGAUGCUGCAGCUGACACUGCUGCUGCUGCUGCUGACACUGCUGCUGCUGCUGCUGCAGACGUGGAGGGAGGUGGUGGGCAUGGGACGGCUGCAAAGCAACUACAGCUUGAGGGGAGGUAUGAUGGCAAUGAGGCUUCAGGGGCUGCAGCUGGUGCUGCCACUGCUGCAACUGGUGCAACUGGUGCAACUGGUGCUGCCACGGCUGCAACUGGUGCUGCCACUGCUGCAACUGCUGGUGCUGACACUGCUGCACCUGGUGCUGCCACUGCUGCAGCUGGUGCUGACACUGCUGCUGCUGGUGCUGACGCUGCUGCUGCUAAUGCUGACACUGCUGCUGCUAAUGCUGACACUGCUGUAAUUGGUUCUUCUGUGGCGGUCGCUGCUGUAGCUAAGUCUGCUGAAGUUGCUGCUACCUCUCUCUCUCCUCCCACACCUCUACAUCCCUCUCUCUCUCCUCCCACACCUCCAUAUGCCUCCCUUUCUUCUGCCAGACCUCCUCCCUCCUCUCGCCCUCCUCCCGUACCUCCUCCCUCCUCUCUUGCUCCUGUGGUACCUGCUGUGCCGGUCACCUCCUCCGUUCCUCCUCCCAUACCUCCUUCCACCUCUCUUCCUCCUCCCAUACCUCCUUCCUCCUCUCUUCCUCCUCCCAUUCCUCCUCCCUCAUCUCUUCCUUCUCUCAUACCUCCUCCCUCCUCUCUUCCUCCCCCCAUACCACCUGCCCCCUCUCCUCCUGCUCUCACCCCUUCUCCCUCCUCUCUUCCGCCUCCCAUGCCUCCCAUAGCUGUCGCUUCCCCAAGGGAGUCCCAAGGAGCCUCUUCAUCAUUCCCCAUUGUUAUAAGCUCCUCUGAAGAAACCCCUACCGAGCUAUCCCAGUCACCUCUUAAAAACUCGCAGUCGCCAGUCAAGGCUUCUAAAUGCGUUCUCGUGAACUCGCAGUCGCCAGUUAAGGUCUCCCAUUGCCUCCUCUUAAACUCGCAGUCGCCUCUUAAAAACUCGCAGUCGCCUCUUAAAAACUCGCAGUCUCCUCUUAAAAGCUCGGAGUCGCCUCUUAAAAACUCGCAGUCCCCUCUUAAAAGCUCGCAGUCGCCUCUUAAAAACUCGCAGUCGCCUCUUAAAAAGUCGCAGUCUCCUCUUAAUAACUCGUCCCAGUCUCCUCCUAAAAACUCCUCCCAGUCGCCAGGUGUCUUUAAAGACUCCACGUCAGCAUCAGAAGAGCACCUUCCCUCCCAACCGCUCCCAACCCCUCCUUCCCCCGCAUACCCUCAACCCCUCCCAUCGUCCCCACCCCCAUUCUCCCCAUCCCUCAACCAUCCUUUCCCCUACAGUUCCCCUCCCACACACUGCCGCCCAUCUCCUCACUUCUUCUCCCAGAUACUACCUCCCUCCCAAAUGCCACCUCCCUCCGAGAUACCACCUACCUCCAGGAUACCACCUUCCUCUCAGAUACCACCUCCCUCCCAAAUGCCACCUCCCUCUCAGAUAAUACCUCCUUCACAAAUGCCAACACCCUCCCAGAUACCACCUCCAUCUCAGAUACUGCCUCCCUCUCAAAAGCCACCUCUCUCUCAAAUGCCACGCCCCUCCCAGAUCCCACCUCCCUCCGAGAAACCACCUCCCUCCCAGAUACUACCUACCUUCCAAACGCAACCUCCUUCCCAAAUACCACCUCCCUUCCAGAUGCCACUGCCUUCUCAGAUAUCGCCUCCCUCCCAGAUACCACCUUCCUCUCAACUCCAUCCUGCUACCCUAAAUCCACUGUCACAGCAUCGCUUCGAGAUUUCCCAGCCGUGUUUUGGAAUCGCCCAGCCGUCAGCUCCCCUGGAAACACAGCCAUCGCCACACCCACCCGUCCAAUCCCAGCCAUACGUUCCUCUACAAUCUCAGCCGUCGCCACACCCACCCGACCAAUCCCAGCCGUCCGUUCCCCUGCAAUCGCAGCCGCCAGCACACCUACCAGUCCCCUCGCAGCCGUCUGCUGCGGAACAGUCGCCACAUCUACCUGUUCCGCAGCCCACAUCAGUGGCCAAACAAGCCGGCGGUGGAGAAGGAGGAGCAGCAACCGUUCCCCUGCAAACACAGCCGCCAGCUCACCUACCAGUCCCAUCCCAGCCAUCUGCUGCAGCAGAACAGUCGACACGCCUACUUGUUCCGCAGCCCACACCAGUCGCCAAACAAGCCAGCGCUGGAGGAGGAGCAGCAGCCGGAGUAGAGGUGGGAGGAGCAGCAGGAGCAGAAACAACAGCUGACGGCAUAAGAGCAUUUGUAGAAUCAGGAGCAGAAGAAGUUGAAGCAGAAGCUGCAGGAGCAGAUGAAGCAGCAGACGCAGAAGCGGCAGGAGCAGAAGCAGCAGCAGCAGAAGCAGGAGGAGCAGAAGCCAAAGCAGGAGCACUAGGAGUCGCAGAAGCAGGAGCAGCAGAAGAAGAUGCAGCAGCAGCAGGAGUCACAGAAUCUACAGGAAAGGAAGGAGGAGCAGCAGUUUCAGGUGCGAUAGCAGCAGCAGCUAUAGAAGCAAGGCAACAAUAUUUGACUGUGCAAUCAGACACGGAAGCAGGAGCAGAAGCAGCAGCAGCAGCGGCAGGUGGAGCGGCAGCAGUUAUAGGUGAGAUAGCAGCGGCAGGAACUGUGGCAGCAAGGCAACAAUGCCUACCACCCCCUCAAGAGAAAAUCGCUGAGCUUGGGAGCCCAUCGAAUGAGGAGGAGGAAGAGCAGAGCGCCAUGCAUGGGAGCCCAUCGUAUGAGGCGGAGGAAGAGCAGAGCGCCAUGCAUGGGAGCCCAUCGUAUGAGGCGGAGGAAGAGCAGAGCGCCAUGCAUGGGAGCCCAUCGUAUGAGGCGGAGGAAGAGCAGAGCGCCAUGCAUGGGAGGACCGAAGGGGAUGCGACAAGGUGGAUUACGAAUGGGAAUGCUUUGGUGGAGGAAGGGAAGGGGCUUGCGAAGAGAGGAUGGAGAGAGGAGGGAGAAGAGAUAAUAAGGAAUGGGAGUGAGAAGGAAGUGAAUGAUGAUAUCAAGCAUGGGAGUGCAUCUCUUGAAGAAGGGGAGGUGGUGGGAGGAGGCACGGAGGGAAGCAGGGAGUGUAACACGCAGGAUGGUGGUAUUGGUAGAGAUACUGGGAUAGAGGGAGAGAAAGAGACUCAUGUCAGUGCUGCUGACAGUGAUGCUAUUACUGCUGCUUCGGAUGCUGCUGCUGCCGAUGAUGCUAUUACUGCUGCUUUGGAUGCUGCUGCUGCCGAUGAUGCUAUUGCUGCUGUGUCUGAAGCUGCUGCUGCUGCCACUGCUGGUAACGCUGCUGCUCCUGCUGCUGAUACUACUGAUGCCAAUUCUGCUGACGGUGCUUAUACUGGCACUGGUGCUAAUGCUAUCGAAGAUGCUUAUAAAGAGGAUGAUGCAGAAGAGAUAGAGGAAGGAGAGGUCCAGGUUGACAGCUGCAGUCCCAUUGACACUAUGGAAGGGGACAUUAUAGCAGAAGCUGCUGUAGCAGGGGAUGCCGUUACAAGGGAUACUGUAGCAGGGGAUGCUGUAGCAGAAGCUGCUGUGGCAGGGGGUGCUGUAGCAGAAGCUGCUGUAGAGGAAAGAGAGGUCCAGGCUGACAGCUGCAGUCCCAUUGACACUGUGGAAGGGGACAUUUUCGCAGAAGCUGCUGCAGCAGGGGAUGCUGUAACAAGGGAUACUGUAGCAGGGGAUGCCGUAACAAGAGAUAUUGUAGCAGAAGCUGCUGUAGAGGAAAGAGAGGUCCAGGUUGACAGCUGCAGUCCUAUUGACACUGCGGGAGGGGACAUUAUCGCAGAAGCUGCUGUAGCAGGAGAAAAGCACGAGGAAGGAGGGCAAGAGGAGGAGGUCGGUGCACAGUUGGAUAGGAUUGCGGUUGAGGAAGCUACAGCGGAGUUAUCGAGUCAAGAGACGGAUGUUGUGGGCACAGGUAGGGAGAGUCAGGGCACCGAGGAAACGGAGAAACUGGGACUUGCAUGAAUUGCGUGAAUUGCAUGAAUUGCAUGAAUUGCGAGAUACUACGAGAUUGAGGAUACUGUAUCUCAAAGUUGCGAAUGGAGAACAAGAGGCUGGUUGGUGUCGAUGUUUGGCAUUUGCUGCAUUUAGACAUGUGUAAUCGGUACUGUAGGCAUGUUUUUCUUGAUUUUUGCA